AUGAGGGUCGGAAGGGUGUACCGCGAGCUGGUCAAGUCGUUGGAAAAGCACGUCGGGACAAGCGGCAAGAACAAGCACUUCAGAGAUUUCGUCGCCGGCGAGUUUCGUAGGAACUCUCGGCUGUCUGAUGAAGCUGCAGCGCAGAGAGAACUGAAGCUUGCACGAGAUUACACUUUCCUGCUUAACAGUGUCCAUCACCAUAAGGUUGGCUCCAUUUAUCAAUAGUUCCCGAUCUCUCCUACUGCAGGAAAUCAUGAUGCAAUCUUGCUGUUCAUUUCUUGGUGAAACGUAUGUCUUUCCAAGGGUGAUUUUUAUUCUGCACGAUUAGUUACUAUCUAGGUCAACUUUACUUCCAAUGUCUGUAAAAGUUUCGUAUCUGUUUCUAUUGGAAUUUUUCGCCACUGAGGGAGAAUUUACGCAAAGACUGUAACACAAAUGUGCGAGGAGGGCCGUGGUGAAGGAAUAGUGUUUUAUGCUAAGAUUGACACCACUAAUGGAAGGAUCUAAACAUCAACUAAGAAGUCUAAAAUGAAUCAGUAGACAUUGAGAUUUGGUGAAGACGGUAUCUCUGUUCAAUUAUCUGUGCUCUUUCUUUAUUCCGGCCUGCUUGAUAAUCUUCUGAACCCAGAUGAUGCGUGUCUUUUCAUGGAUUAUUUUUAGAAUGACAUCUCCACACUAAUGGCGUAUUUUCGAGAGAUUUGCGAUCGUUUUAAUGAGCAGAUAAAUGCCAUAUACCAAGAGCUAUGUCAUCAGGGAAUACAUAUGCUGACUAUUGAACUCUUUGAACUACUUUGGAAUGCAAAUGUACAGUAAGGCGUUUCAAGUGGAUUUCAAAAGACAAACUCCUACCCCAUUUUAUGACAAUAAGUUCAAAUUAUUAUGAGUUCUUGGAUCAAUCAACUAUGCCCACUCAUGUUUAUUGAGGCUAUCUUAUUAUUAAAUGAAGAUCGUCCACACAGAAAACAAUGAUCGUGUCACGAUAAAUCUACCUACGAGUUUGAGUGUUCCCUGGUACAGGUAAUACUUUCAGUGUGGCUGCAUACAUGAAUAUUCACCCAUUGUUAGAAUGUAGACCGCAUAUGUAUAGAGUGAAAAAUAUGUAUCUUCAUAUCAUCUUCUUAAACAUCUAUGUGAUCCCUACAAGGUGUCAGAGUUCAUUUGUUUGACGCAUUGAGGAAUCCGUGGAUUAGCUUUCUCAGUUGAGGUUUUGGCGACAAACACUGUAAACCGUUGAUAAUAAUGGUAUCUUUCAAUUGCCUAGAUGUGAUGUGAUGAUUUGGUUGAACCCUUUGUAACUGGUAUGACCGUAGUUUUGUGACAACGAACCCUGUCUUAUGUUGAUUAUGGCCCAGGAACAGGGAUAGUAGAGAAUACGGUAUCUACCGUUCUCCAUUUUGACUCCCAUAUGACUUGCAAACACUUGGCCGUACGCCUCAUGCUGGCAAUGGUAGAGACACCAUAUAUCAUCAGUGUUGUAGUUAAUGUGCAAGCGUUGACUUUUGCAGAUGCCAAAAAGCAGUUAGAAGGGGUACCUAUUAUUGGUUGUUUUUUAUCCAAUAAUAUAUCAGUUUAUUUGUUAGCUGCCUGAAAACUGAAUAGAGGAAUACAAUAGAAUGGAAGUAUCUAGUGUCUAGAAAACUUACGAGGAGAUAAUUGAUAUCUAUACAAUAGAUAUAUCACGGCUUUACGAGAAAAAAGAUAAUUGUAUGAAAGAGAAUUGUAUCUAUAUGUCAAGAAGAAUUACCCAGAGAUAAAUGUUCUGUAUACAAUGGAUAUAUCGUGACUUUUUUAAAAUUUCGAGUUUUUAGUCUGAAAAUUGAAAAGAGGACUAAAAGAUAAUAUAAGUAUCUUCUUGCCGAGAAAAAUUGCUUGGGGAUAAUUUGUUUCUAUUUUCUGGGUGUAUCAUGAUUUAUUUUUGUUGGAAUUUCUUCUUAUAGUACGAAACCUAAAUAAAGAAUGAAAGAGAAAAGUAUCUGCUUGCCAAGAAAAAUUACAAGGAGAUAAUUUGUUUUACAUAUGAUGGAGAUGUCAUGACUUUGCUUAGAUUUCGAGUUUUUAGCCUUAAAGCUAAAUAGAGGAAUAGAAAAGAAUACUGGUUCUGCGUGGUUGUUCUACAUGAUGUGCGAGGAGAUAAUCAGGGUCUACAUGAUGGAGAGAUUAUAAUUUUGUUGAAAAUCUUGAGUGUUUUAGUCUGAAAGCUGAAUAGAGGAAAUAAAAGAGAACAGAAGUGUCUGCUUUCCUUUCCAAGAAAAAUUACAAGGAGAUAAUUAGUUUCUUUAUGAUUUAUAUAUCAUAAUUUUUUUACUUUCAAUUUUUUAGUCCGAAAGAUAAACAAAGGUGUAAAGAGAAUAGAAGUAUCGGCAUGUUAAGAAAAACUAGGAGAUAAUCAGCUUCUAUAUAAUGAAUGGAUUAUGAUUUCAUUGAAAUUUCGAAUUCUGAGUCAGAAAAAUUACAAGGUAGAUAACUUUGUUGACUAUUCUGAAAUCUUGUGAGUAUACUCCACUGUUUCAAGAGUCUGUCCAUGAUAGUGUUUGUUUAUACUCUAAAUUUCUAGUAUCUAGUGCUUAUAUAUGUAUGUGUGUGUGUGUGUGUGUAUGUCUGUCACUAUAUGAAUGAUGGGGUUAUUGGUGAAAAAAAGUCAACGAGUCGAACAAAGUCAGCGGGGCAUUGACUUCUGUAGCUGACUUGAAGGGGAUCAUUAAAGCACGAAAUACUUCAGCAGCUAUAGAGUGCAGCCAUUUCAUCAUCAGCAAGUGACCCUAUGAUUUAAUUUCAGACUAAUGGAGCAUCUCCGGAAGUUUUUCCUCCCAAGUCUGCAAAUAAAUACUGCAAUGCUUUCUGGUAUAUCUGGCGGAGCCAUUCAUCUCAUGAGGUGGCUAAGUUCUUGUUAUGGAAGAGGAUCACAUGCUAUAAAUAUUCAAUUUGCUCGUGAAUAUCUUCUCCUCUGAAGAAAAGUCAACUCUGAUUCAGAAGUCAAACCGUAGACCAAAACCCUGUUUUUUUUUCCUUCUGAUACUUGGAAGCGUGAAAAUUAUCGCUCCAUACUAUGACCUGAUGAUUAGAAUCAUCAUCAUCAUCUUCUUCUUCUUCUUCUUCAUCUUCUUCUUUUGUUCACAAUAUCAUGGAGACCGCAAUUUAUUUCUACUUUUGGAAGGUCUGCCCUUUAUUCCUGGUUUUACUUUAUCAAUAAAUUAUGCCAUUUAAAGAGAUAUAAUUCCAUGCAGGAGCUGCUCUUCUCCUACAACAUAGGGGUGGACAGGACGGAUGAGAUGAGGAAGACGCUGAAGAAGUCCGCAGCCAGUGUGGGUCUUCAGCUCCCUGAUGUCUACCAGCCUUAG